UUAAACGUUGUUCAGGAAGAUGGGGCUAAGUGAGCUGGAUGGUUAGGGAUUCAUUUAAAUUAUUUAACGUUUUGGGGGGGACUCUUAAAAUAUAUAUGAUCCUUUUCUGCGCCCAAGAAUGGAUGCGAGUUAACCAUGACGGGGGAGAAAAAGAAGAAAAAGCGACUGAACCGCAGUAUUCUGCUGGCUAAGAAAAUUAUUAUAAAAGAUGGAGGCAGUCCCCAAGGGAUAGGGGAGCCCAGCGUCUACCAUGCAGUGGUGGUCAUUUUCCUUGAGUUUUUUGCCUGGGGUUUGCUUACUACCCCAAUGCUCACUGUUUUACAUCAGACCUUCCCACAGCACACCUUCCUGAUGAACGGCCUUAUUCAUGGUGUCAAGGGCCUCCUGUCCUUCUUGAGCGCCCCUCUGAUAGGCGCCCUGUCAGACGUCUGGGGCCGGAAGUCUUUCCUGCUGCUGACGGUCUUCUUCACCUGCGCCCCCAUCCCCCUGAUGAGGAUCAGCCCCUGGUGGUAUUUCGCAGUCAUCUCCAUGUCUGGCGUUUUUGCCGUCACCUUCUCCGUGAUUUUCGCCUACGUCGCAGACAUCACUCAGGAGCACGAGAGAAGCACCGCUUACGGCCUGGUGUCCGCCACCUUCGCCGCCAGCCUGGUGACGAGCCCGGCGAUCGGGGCCUACCUGUCGCAGGCCUACGGGGACACGCUGGUGGUCAUCCUGGCCACAGCCAUCGCCCUGCUGGACAUCUGCUUCAUCCUGGUGGCGGUGCCGGAGUCGCUGCCGGAGAAGAUGCGCCCCGCCUCCUGGGGUGCCCCCAUCUCCUGGGAGCAGGCAGACCCCUUUGCUUCUCUUCGCAAGGUUGGUCAGGACUCGACAGUCCUUCUCAUCUGCAUCACUGUUUUUCUCUCCUACCUCCCAGAGGCAGGGCAAUAUUCCAGCUUCUUCCUAUACCUGAGACAGGUUAUCGGCUUCACGUCUGAGACUGUGGCAGCGUUCAUAGCUGUGGUUGGGAUUCUCUCCAUUUUAGCCCAGACGGUAGUUUUGGGAAUCCUGAUGAGAUCCAUAGGAAACAAGAACACCAUCCUGCUCGGACUGGGGUUCCAGAUCCUCCAGUUAGCCUGGUAUGGGUUUGGAUCACAGCCUUGGAUGAUGUGGGCAGCUGGGGCAGUAGCAGCCAUGUCCAGCAUUACUUUCCCUGCCAUCAGCGCCAUCGUUUCCCGGAACGCUGACCCGGACCAGCAGGGUGUGGUCCAGGGCAUGAUCACUGGCAUCAGAGGGCUGUGUAACGGGCUGGGUCCCGCGCUCUAUGGGUUCGUCUUCUACCUGUUCCAUGUCGAACUUAAUGAAAUGGACGCUGUGGAGAGUCCGGGCAAAGAUGCCAAACCCAACAUGGCCAAUCCCACGGAUGAGAGCGCCAUCAUCCCGGGCCCGCCCUUCCUCUUCGGAGCGUGCUCCGUCCUGUUGUCCCUGCUGGUGGCCUUGUUCAUCCCGGAGCACAGCGGCCUGAACCUGCGAGCUGGCAGCUACAAGAAGCACAGCAACGGCGCCCAGAGCCACUCGCACAGCCCCCAGGCCGGGGGCACAGAGGGCAAGGAGCCUCUCCUGGAGGACAGCAGCGUAUAGCCCCGGAGGGACUGCGCUGCCCUCGCCCCGAGCUCCCGAAAGCCUGGCUUUCACAGCUCGGAGGAGGCUGCCAGACACCCUUUUUAAAGCUGGAGACGGAAGGCCGCUCUGAGGACUGGUCGGAUCCGGGAAGCUGCUGGAUGCAGCCCGCCGCUAGGGGGGCACCGGAGGAAGCUGGCAGAGAGUCCGUGCCCAAGGGGAACGCUGCCCUGCGCUGAAGACGCAGUGUGAGGGGGUGAGGUCUGUGGCCGUGCCCCGCGGGACACGAGGGCCGAUCGAGGAGCGUCUUUUAUUUUGGCUGGAUCAUACUUUUAAUGAGCUUGUAGAUAUUUUUUUUUGUUGUUGUCCUUGUUGUUUUUAGAGCUUCAUUUCUCCCAAACAGCCAAAACGUUCCCCUAUCCAAAGAAUCCUAGGGAAGUAACUGACCUUGCACAGUCUAACCUCAUCCGUAGCUGAGGCUGGGUGGAAACCAACUUGAGACGCUGCUUUGGUGUUUCAUUUAAGACUGGAUUGUCCCCAGAUGCCACUGCUUAUUUUUUAGAUUUUAAGGAGGAAAUAUGUCAGGCUCAACCACUUCACUUAGAUGCGUAGGCGCAAAUGGAACUUCACCACUGUAAUGACGAUCAGUCCAAGAGAUGACCUCAUAUUCCUAUUGAUGAAGAGAGGAUUCUAAUGCACUUUUUCUUCAUGUAGACAUCGGUUAAUAUCAUGAGUCAUUUAAGUAUUCCGACCGUAUGUGAUUUUAAAAACGAGCUAUAUAGUUAAGGGUUUUUUAAGGGGGAAAAAAAACUCAUUGCCACUUUAAUGCAGAUCCUGUACGCUGGACCAGCUAUGAAUUUUGCAAAGCAAGCCCUUGCCUAUAUCCCCAGGUCCUGCUUUUUUUUCCAAAUUCUUCCUCUAGGGGGGGUAGUUGUGCUAUAAUUGUCAUAGGGAAAAAAUGCCUUUAAAAUACUAAUAUUACAUUACCUGAAUGAAGAAUAUGCAUUCUGAAAUGGGUUAGUAAUUUCUAAUAUUGCUCCCAUAGGAGCACAUAUACAUUUCUAGAUCCAUGAUGUUUUGUCCUUCUACAUUUGACACCUCUUACAAACUUUGUACAGGUCGACGCUGCUUUAAACCCAAGUCGACCACAUUUUCGUAGUCUGAGCUGCUGAAAAUCUUCGCUCUUAAAUGUGGUACAAGUACGUGAGCACAGGCUUUAUUUUAAAAAUAUAUUGUUCGUUAGCAUUCUGACUUAAGUAGAGACACUGCGUGUUUGGUAUGUAUUUACUGAUGCAUUAGAGCGACAUUAAGCGACGCAGAUGUUACAUUUUUAAUGUGAUAUAUAAAUGUUGUAAUUGGUAUAUGAUUUAAAUUAUUAACAGUUUAAAAGUAUUUAAAGAUUACUAUUUUUCCCCAGAAAAGGGUGCUCUGUUUUUCAGGAAUAUGUCUCGUCUUGGAUUUAAAAAAAAAAAGAUCUAAUAUACUGUGCACAACAAGUGGAGUGAUUUACAUCAGAAAAAUAGUUUUUUUUGUCUUAGAAUUCUAUAAUAUUAUUCACAAGUGCAUUGGAGCAAACAAAUCACAAAACGUAAGCUAGGGAAGAGAUAAUAGUAAAUUAAAAUAAAGCUAUCAGACCUUUUUUUUUUCCAUGUUGCAUUGUAUGAAGAGUUUUAAGUGUGUGCCAUAUUUGUUUCACUCAUCUGGUUGCGAAAAGCUCCCGUUUCUGUGUCGGUUUUGAAGUUUUCAUCUUUCUCCUUAGGGCUGCAUUGACCUAGAAUGUAUUGUUCAGUACAGCCGUUUUUGGACUUUGAGGACCGUGAUCAUUGCUAAUUAUCAGAAUCCGUUUGUGAGCUACUGUUUUUUGGGCUAUGGUAGUGGUGUGGCUAGUCUGAGGGGCACCGUUUCUCCAGCAGCUUCUCUGUAUAGAGCUCAAGUACAGUCUUUACACAGCUGUUAAUGUACGACCAACACCAGCUGAUUCUGCGCAGUUUACUAGUCCUGAUUCUAUUAACCGAACCAGUCCUAGCGCCACUUUGCCUGUUUGUUUGAGGUGAGAACCUGGCGGCAAUAUCUCCUUUCGAGCUCUAGUUCUGCUCUCUGCUCCCCGCAGGAUGGAUCUCAAGGAAUACAAAUGGGAUUGAAUCCCUGGUUGAGUUGUAGUGUGGCUCCUUGAUUACUGAGAUAAUCUGAGGCAGGAUUUUAAAACUACCUUUAAACGGUUACCAAAUGUUUAAACAUUACGCUUUGUCUUUAUGACCUCACAGAAAAGCAAUGAAAAUGAAUACUCAUGGUUAUUAUGUUUGCAGAUACUCAUGAAAUAGUGACAGGUUUCUGUUUAGAUAUCAUCUACAAGACUUCAUUCGCAAGCUGCUCUCCUAAACAAACAGAAGACUGACCAGCUGUUGAUCCAGUCUGCUCUGUCAGGAAUAACAAAGCUGCUUCUUAUGACUGCUUUACUGCAUGGCUGUUAAGCACAAAUACUCAACUCCACAAAAGUGUAAGGUUUAAUAUAUGCGAUUUGCUUUCAGUCUUAGGGUGAUUUUUAGGAUCUCAGCCUAUCUCGGUAGCCCAGUGACCAUAGAGUGAGGAGCGCUUCCAUAUUUCAGGACUUAUUUCACUGCUGUUCGCCAUCCAGCCUGUUGUGGGCAUCUGAGCAGCUGGCUCUUCCUGUAUCUUGAUGGGUGGAUGAACUGACUGCACAAUCCUUUCACCCUUUCAAUUGGAAUAUAGGUGGCAUAUUGUGGAUCCCUCAUGAAAUUAAUUCACACACGGUGUUGGGUAUUUUAUUUAAAAAAGUCCUCUGGAGUUUCAUCUAAAGUGCUGCACUUCUGAUAACCAGUAGGAUAAGGUUAUACUGUUGGGAUCGUUAAGUCGUUCUUAUUCAAAGUCCCUCAAAAGCUUUGGUUUUGAUUUUUGCUAUCAUUUUGGAUUAUUAGUUUUUCCAAAUUUUAGAUUAUAGGGCAAGCAACCCCCGUCUCUCCUAGUUUCCGUGCCCCUAAACCUAGUUGUAAUCUUAGUUGAACUACUAAAACGCAGAGACAUUGUUGUUUCUAAGCUCUAUUUAAAGUGGGAUACGGCUUAGAAUUGUUAUAGUUAACUGAAAGAUAUCAAGGGCCCUUUUAAGUCAUUCAGAGACUUCAGUUCCCCUAGGAAGCAGUGGAGAUUUAGGGACCUAAGGGCUUAGGUGAUGGAGCACUGAAAAUAAUUUCUGAGUAUUUGAUUCACAGCUCUCAUCUAGCCCGAUGAGUAACAGCGGACCCCCAGAGCAGUGGGUCAUGUCAAUAAUCAGUCUCCAGUCUCCAUGGCAGAGCACAGCUGUCCAGUGCAGGAUGAGCUCAGCUAAGGCUCCUGUGUGGACCCGCGGAGCCUGCACGGGGCGUAACUGCUCAGAUAAGCAGUUUCCUCAUUCCAAAGUGGCAGAGUGAGUUACAGUAUAAACUGAUUAUUGAAGUUUCCAAAUUUCAAAGAAGGGAAAACUUUAAGCAGGUUAUAACCGGGUCUUCAGUUACGCUCUAUUGCAAUAAUAACUAGAAGGCACAGGACCCAUAAAGAUCAGGAGGGGGCACGAGACUAAAGGAGGUUUUGUUUUCGGGCUGAUAGGCGGGGAUAGAGAGUGUAUCAUGAGAGAGAAGACACUGAGGUGUGCACACUUAAGAUGAACAGACCAUGGGGCUAGGUGUGCCACCGCCUGGACCGACUCCUCACACUGACCACCCCUGGUGGAAUCCACUCCAUGGCCCGAGAAAAGACAGAGCCUCUUAAUGUGCCUAAAACAUAUGCGAAUACAUGUGUACAAAUUGUAGAUAUGAAAAACUAAUGUCAAAAUUAUUUAUUAAAGGUGUAUUGUACAUGAU